UUUUAGCUGCUAGCAAGCCAAAUGGCGGGCUCCUCUUGCUCUCUAUUAAUUAACAGCAAACGCUGCUUGACAUGGUAGCUACGCGCCUUUUCACAUAUGUAAGUUGUUGACUUUCGUGCAGUGUGUUUUUCCAUAAAGUAGCAUCUUGAAAACGUCCAAUUUUUAUUUAACGAGACAAACCUGAGCUUUAAAGUAGGAGGGUCAAGUCAGAAAGGUUUCACACGGGAAGUGAGCCAAAUUGAAAAAUAGUUCAAUUGAUGGAUUAUUUCACGAAGAUUAGACGUUUUGAUUUAAAUUGACAUGGCUCAAAAAUACACAGGAAAAGAGUUCGUUAAAGCCCGUUUGUGUUUUAUAUGUUUGCUUUUAUUUUGAAAACAGCGGUCGGAUGUUACUUGUCUGGCCGGUGCUAGCUUGCCGACGCCCGACUUGACUUUUUGCGCGUUGCUUGCAGCCAGGCGGAGUUGCGGAGCUUUUUGCAACCUUUUCCCCAAGCAACGUGUUCACCUCGCCACCGCACAGACUUGAACCGAGGAAUGUUUUCAUGUUUGGUCUCCUUUGGAGAAGCACCUCCGGAUAUUUGUCACACCACUUCGGGUUUUGGGGGACUGAUUGAACACUUGGACGCAGUCCGCUUUUGGUGGGUGCGCUCCCUGGUACGACAGGCGGCCCUUUUUUUCCCCUUUUCCCCAAUUUAUACCACCUUGGAUUGCUUUUUGUAUUUUUGCUUUUUUUGGGAUUCCCAUGAGACGUCAUGGACUUUUUAAAAGAACAGAGACAUGAGCGAGCGUGUGUUUAGAGAGUGUUUUUUGACUUUCCCUCCCUAAAAGCAGUUGAGCGACUGACUGGGGACAGGACUAGGGAAUCAAUGCGGUGUCAGCUGGAAGGACGCGGGGUCCGGAUCUCAACUCAACGCUGAAACGUCCUGGGAGUGAUGCACUGGCUUCCCCUGGUUGCCAUGGUGAUUGCCUCGGCCCUGCCCUUCCCUCACAAGCCCGUGUCCAGGAUGGCCUUCGCCGCCAACCCCGCGGCAGACUUCCGCUCCCGAGGAAAUGUUGAGCGCGCCCCGACGGAUGGCGCGUUCCCGGACCCGACCGACGGACCCACGCCCGUCUCCGAGGUGGAAACUCAGAUCGUCCAAAGUCCCGCGUCCGCUGGCCCAAGGACUUCGAGGGGAUCCGUGACGACUGUUCCCACGGAACGGCAUGGGAAUGUGUCCGGGAGGGGGCCCACGCCCACAUCCAGGGGGGCCGCAAGCGCCGCGGUCAACUUGACCAGAGAGCUGGACUUCCCGGACGGGGACGAGAUGUUUCUAGACGCCCACCCACGCGUCCUCUUCUCAUCGUCGGGGUCGCCCCCCGAGCACCCGCCGCUCCUGCUUAUGUUGGAGGAUGACGUCGAAGAAGCAGAGGGUCACGGGGACCGCAGCCUCGCUUGGGUCAAUGCAUCGGACGAGGGCCGCCCCCUCCGCAGGGACAAACGCUCGCAUCUGAUGGACCGACGUCGGGGCGAGAAGUCAGUGUGUGAGGCCGAAAGCGUGUGGGUGACGGACAAAACCACAGCUGUUGACUCGCGCGGCCAGACGGUCACAGUCUUGCAAAACAUCCAGACACAGACGGGGCCGCUCAAGCAGUACUUUUUUGAGACCCGCUGCCGCCAGGCUGAACAACAGACUGGUCGCGGGGCGGUGGCAGGGUCGCAACCCGCGGGGGUGGCGGGGGCAGGCUGCCUGGGCGUGGACAAGAAGCAGUGGGUGAGCGAGUGCAAAGCCAAGAAGUCGUACGUGCGCGCCCUCACCAAGGACGCCAACAACCUGAUGGGCUGGAGGUGGAUCCGCAUUGACUCGUCCUGCGUGUGUGUGCUCAUAUCCAGGGCCAAUCAGAUCCUAGCGCGAGAGGCGCUGGCCAGGAGGGGGCGGGGCUAACCCCACCCUACACCUCAACGGGAGAUCUUACAAUAUAUAUAUAUAGAUGUUUUUCUACGAUUUAUCUUUCAUAACCUAAGUUAUUAGUACGUAAGCAUGUGUAUGAUUUUGAUAUUAAUAUAUUCCUUCACCGGGCUACGUGUACAUACUGUGCUUAACAAAUGAGUUGUUACGACACCAUUUUCAAGCAAAAUUCAUCACGAUAGGGUUUAACCAAUCAUUUUUUUUCUGUUACGAAAAAGAAAUUCAAAAAUUAUAUUGUGAAAAGGGGGUCCAUUUGAUGUAUAAUUGUAAAAUGUGUAAUUCAUAAGACAACAAAGACCGUCAAUUAUUUUUAACCAAUUUAGCGCCAUUAACAUGGACAGGAAAGACUAGGGUAUGACAAGGUAGGGACCUUUUAACUCAUUUGCUGGCAUUGAUUGCAAGUGCUUGUCCUCACAGUCAAAAUGGAUUCAAUGUCUGGCUCUGUCAAGGGCAGUGAAUGAAUUAAAGGGAAAAAUGGCCUUAUCACAUGCCCAACAAAGUUUACAGGACAUCACAUAAAGUCCUAUUACAAAAAAUAAUGUCACUAAAGAGGUAGAAAUUUUGUAAUCUUACAUAAAAUUGAUCGUUUUAACAAAACGUCUAUCCAUAAUUUGAAGGUAAAACUACCUGAAAAAACCUCAUGGCUAAAAUUCGGAAUAUAAUAAAUCAAUUUUACAUAAGCUAUUUCGAGGGAAUCAUAAAAUUAAUUUUUCAAGAAUUCAAAUGUGCCUCAUUUUAGGCAGCUGUGGUGGAAACCAUUUGUUGAGCGCUGUAUGUUUGUGCGUAUGGAGCUUGUAUAUUUAUAGAAGAGCGACUGCUUCUCUAGGCGGAAGCAGCACCCCCUACUGAGGCUCAGUGUCAAUGUCCUAACAGAUGGGGAGCAUCUUUUUUCAAUAAAUGAUUGAGCUUCAUUUUUGUCAUCGAGUGUUUAAGUCAAAUCCUAAAGAUAUUUUUUUUGCCUUGUCAUGCACAUUUUAGGUGAUUCUGUAAAAGUUGUGGCACAGGGCACAGCUUUCAGUCUAU